CUGUUCGUUCGCCGCGUCUCAAUUCAGUCUGCUCCGAAACUUUGGCCGAUAAAAGCAGCGGAAAAGCUUCCGCUUCCAGUUUUUUAGUAGUGUUACGCCUGGUGCUCUAUUAUCAAACAGCAAACAUUAGAUAAAAUCAUGCAAGAGACGUAUCUGUACGAUCCCAGCUUGCUGCUGAAGCUCGACUUUCAUCGCACUCCGGCCACGUUCAAGCCAUUCAUAUCAGCAACCAAUCCCGGCGAGCCAUGGAUGAAGGUUCGCCCCCUCAAGGACACCGACUAUGAUCGUGGCUUCCUGCAGCUGCUCUCCCAGCUGACACACGUGGGGAAUGUCAAUCGCACACAGUUUUUAACCCGCUUCUCGCAGAUGAAGGCCAGCGGGGACUACUUUGUCACGGUUAUAGAGGACACACGCAAGAACGAGAUUAUUGGAGCUGCCUCUCUGGUGAUUGAGCGCAAGUUCAUCCACAAUUGCUCAGUGCGUGGGCGACUGGAGGAUGUGGUGGUCAAUGAUACAUAUCGUGGCAAGCAACUGGGCAAGCUCAUUGUGGUCACAGUCUCGCUGCUGGCCGAAGAACUUGGCUGCUACAAAAUGUCGCUGGACUGCAAGGACAAGCUGAUCAAGUUCUAUGAAUCUCUGGGAUAUGUGCUCCUACCCGGCAACUCCAAUUCGAUGACCAUACGCUAUGAUGAAGGCACGACGCUGAAGCGCAAUGCCACCUCCGCUAUGGCUGGCACCAGCUCUGCUGCAGGGGGCGACUCCUGCCAAACUGUGAGCCUCGACUUUGCCUCUUGACAAUUAGCCGCCAACGCUGCUCCAAAAUCCAAGCUUUGAAUUGAUCCCUCAAUCUCAAGGCUGCAACUGCGCGAGGCGCAAUGUAAAGCAUACGAAAAUUGGAACCACAAAAAAAAAAGAAAACUUUCGCAUACAAUUUCCAACUAAUCAUUGCGCUUAGGGCACGAUGGAUUUUCUGGACAGUGUUGGCAGGCGGUGGUGUCCUUGUGGUGGGUAGACACUCUCUCGGGGGAACAAAUCCCCAUAAGGACAUGCAAUAAGUUAUUUAGAUUUAAAGAGGAAUCUGGCAACAAAUGUGUUGCUCUCUUUUUUUGUUUUUAAUUCUUACAGAACUCUCAAUUUUAUAACUUUUUCUCUCCUUUCUGCUACUGAAUGUGCGGCGGGGCGCUCUCAACUCACAACUUGAAAGGUAGUCGUUAUAUUGCCCUUUAAGAGCACCUUCAUAAAGUAGCAUUAACAUUGAUAUACAUUGAGACAUAAAUAUACCUAAAAACUAA